UCUUGACGUGCGUAGUGGUCUAUACCGAGGAGAUCUGGGCUGCAUCUUCACAAGACGCAUUUUUCGUUACUCCUCUAACCUUAAGGGGGCUUUUUAGCUUUUGGUUAGCUAUCCGUUUCUGGAAAACAUCUGAAUCAUUUUAUAACCAAAGCCAGCUGCUGCACAAGUCAAUGCAUGCGUGUGAGUGAGAGUGUGUGUGUGUGUAUUCGUUUGUAUGAGGAAGAGGGAGAGAGUGUGAGAGUAUCUCUUCGCUUUGCUCUCCAGAAAGGAAAGAAAGAAAGGGGGAAAAAACGCUUGGACGUCUUUUUCUUUUUCUUCCCGAAACUUCUUUUUUUUUUAGGAAUGAACGCCGAGACGUGCGUUUCAUACUGCGAAAUGACAUCCAUGGAUUCAUAUUAUAGCCCAUCUGCACCGCAAGGUAGGGAUCACCAGGCGAACCCUUUCAGGACAUUCCAGCCGAGUGACACCAAAUACAGCCCCGCUUUCCUGACCAACAAAGGUCAGGCGUUCGGGGAAAAAUCUGGGAGCCCGUUCCAGCAGGAGUGCCAGUCAUUGGAUGCCACUGCUGGGGAAGGCACCUUUAACAAAUACCACCUCUUCAUGCAGAGGUCCUCCAGCAAAACUCCCCCAGACAGCAGCAAACUCCAGCAGGAAAGCGGACACAACGGAGGGCUCAUCGCGUGUUAUGGUAAAGACAGCACAGGGCUGACAGAUUCUGAGUUACCCCAAAACAGUGAUCCUGCAGGGAUGGAUGGCAGCUACCUCAGCAUAAAGGAGUCAGGAGUGAAAAGCCCUCAUCAGCCAAACUCAGAGCUGGCUUCUCCGUUAGACAAGGCAGAGGGAGAGAGCAACAAGGGCAAGAAAAGACGCAACCGUACCACCUUCACAAGCUAUCAGUUAGAGGAGCUGGAGAAAGUCUUUCAGAAAACACACUACCCCGACGUCUAUGCCCGGGAACAACUCGCACUGAGGACUGACCUGACAGAAGCUCGAGUACAGGUGUGGUUCCAAAACCGCAGAGCCAAGUGGCGGAAAAGAGAACGUUUCGGACAGAUGCAGCAGGUCCGGACACAUUUUUCCACGGCCUACGAACUGCCCCUUCUCACUCGGCCUGAGAACUACGCUCAGAUUCAGAACCCUUCUUGGAUAGGCAGCAGCAGUGCGGCAUCUCCGGUGCCCGGCUGUGUUGUACCCUGCGACUCGGUCACUUCCUGCAUGCCGCCUCAUCCACAUGCUGCUGGCGGAGUGUCUGACUUCUUGGGUGUGCCCAGUGCUGGAGGUCACAUGGGACAGACACACAUGGGCAGCUUGUUCGGGAGUCCAGGCAUGAGCACUGGCAUUAAUGGGUACGAUCUGAACAUGGACCCCGACCGGAAAUCCUCCAGCAUCGCAACCCUGCGAAUGAAAGCUAAAGAACACAGCGCAGCCAUCUCUUGGGCUACAUGACUCCCCCAAGAUCAGGACAUUAUCUCGUAGUCCCUCAACAAAUAAGAGAAGAAGGAGCAAAUGUGAACAUCAGUUGGCCACAAAAGCAUGACCUGGGAACAAGGAGUGCAUGGAUUGACAAAGAAAAGAAAAAGUAAUAGAUAUACCAGGAGAUUUAUUUCCAUUUGAAGUCUAGAGAGACAUGAGAAAAUCAGAGAUCAUAAAACUGAGAAUGUUCUGGGGCUUUAAAACGAGAAAGAAAUACAAGACAGACAACAGAAAUGUGACAUCUGAAUGCACACAAGAAUUAAAUGAAAAAAAAAAAUUAAUAGAAAAAAAAAACCCUGCACUUAUCCGCCACUAGUGUCCCAUUUGUAAACACACAUAAAUUGAUCUAAACGCAUCUGGCUUCAUUUUCAUCUCAGCAUAAUCAAAACCUUUUUAAAUUCUUGUUCUGUCACAGACUCCUUUUCCAAAUAUGCCAUCUCUGCCUAGAACGUUCAGUUUCUCACAGUCAGAACUUUCCUAUUGUAGGCUUUAUCCAAACAUAUAUGCAGCAGUUAUCGGGGGAAGCUGAACUUGCUUUUUAUAUUAACUCCCCAUUGACAAAAUCCCUCAUUGAUCACACCUACAUUGAUUACUUUGUUCAUAUUAAUUCCAUUGAUCUUGUAGAAGUCUAUCAGCAAUUUUAGAGAAGUACUACACUUGAGCAAAAGUCUGUUAGGAGUUGCGCAUCAGGCAUGGUAGACUUAAGAGGGCCAGAAAAGAAAGACAUAACUGUCCUGCAGGUAACUAGAAACUCAAAGGAGGCUUCCACUUGCCUUGAUGAAUUGUGUGUCCCCCAAGAGCAAUCUGCUAGUGCAAACCCAAAGUAAUAUAGUUAAUAACUGUCUAAUUACAGGUGGUAGUCACUAUCCACCUUGCAAUCUAUCUUUCUCUUCUUUGCAACCACAUUUCAUUUUUUUUCUGGAAGAAAAAGUUGUUCUAAAGCUGUUUGGCAAGAUUUGACAGCCGCAUACUAGAUACAAAUCUUGGAUCCAUCAUACAGACUGUCAAACUGAUUGUCAAACAUAACUAAGAAAUACAAUCUACAGAGAAUGAAGGAUACAAAAAUAGGUUGAGAAACUUUUCUUUCUUUGUGUUUUGAAUUUUGGUGCCUUAGCUACUCUGCUUUACUCCUUGCUAUAUAAUAUUUACGGUGUUGGGGCUGUCUGAAAUUUGAGCCAUGCUUCAUUAAUUUUUUGGCAUAAGUCCUCAUUGCACCAUCUCAAAUGAAACUAUCAACUUGCCAAUCUAGGCAUCAUCCAGCAAGCCUCUGAUUGGGUGGAAGCAAUACUGGGCUUUGGUAAUCACAGACAUUCCCAUGCACAGAGGUGACAGAAAUAUAAAGCAAGCACUAUUGCAAGGUACUACAAGCUUUCUGCUUUUUUUAGAGUCAGAUUUAGAUCAGGUAAAACAAAGCUGUUUGAAAUCCGGAGACGAAUCCGAUACGUUCUGCCCUUUGGAGAAGCCAUUUCUAAUUUGUAAAUGAGAACCACAUUUCCUUUCCUUCAUUCUGCUGUGCAGCUUAUCUAGAUCCCUGGAGACACUUAUAUAUACACACACAACUUUUUUAUUAUAAUACCAGAGCAGUGACUUACCUGGUUUGAGGGGGUCACAACAUGGAAUCAAGUUCUUUUUUAGAACGACAAAAAACUAGGCUUCCAUUACUUUUAAACAAAAAUUCAAAUAUAUAAUGCACUGGAUGCAAUAUCAUGUUAAACCUUGUAAAAUUAUCUCAUUGCCAAAAGUUAAUUAGAAAUCACCUGCUUACUGCUGCUCAGUCUCGUGCCCCAUGGCCUGGAUACAUGAUAUGUUAAAUGUAGGGGCUUCCUGAAGUUUGAGCCAUGCUUCAUUAAUUUUCUGGCAGAAAUCUUCAUUGCAUCUCAUCACUUAAUGUAGCAAGGGACCUGCUAAAAAAGCCAGUGAUAAUGUUAAUGUGCUUUUCAUUAGGACUAAAACUAGUAAGUUGAUCUGUCCUGCACUGAAUCCAUCUGCCAGAGCAACAGUUCAACAACCAAUUCUCAUUGAGAGCCAUGAAGAGUUCUGCCAGUGCAGAUUUUGAGUCCUGACACUCUCACUUUGGCCUUUAAGAGGUUGCUGAGAGUGUGAAGUGACUACAGUGUUCCGGUGUUCUGGGAAAGGACAAUCCACACAGCUGUGUGCGGGGUAAAUGCAAAACAAACAUGCCUUGCACAUGCUUCCCCUUCAGCUGUCAUGGCUCUUCUUUCAAAGCCCCAUGCUGAACACGACCUGGCCUUCUACCCCAGCCAAAGCAUCAGCCCUCAGCGACUCGGAGUCAAUGCACACCCGUGCUCUCAGGCAGACUUUUUAAUUAACAUCGAGACAUCUGCGGAGAGGGAUUCUGUGACAGAACAGAGCAGUGUUUGCUCUGUGCUAGCCUAUCUUUAACUAUUGUGGAACCGGGAGAGGCGUCGAUGAAGCUCAGGUCAACACUUUCAUUAGUUUGUGUAGUAUCAGCACACAUAUACUUCUGUAGCAAUUAAUGAGCAAAUCUCCACAUAACAGAACACAAGUCAUCACAUUUGCUUUUGAUACUCUUGUAAUUCAUUCAUAAUUCAAACAUUCAUCAAAACGGUUCUGUAGAGAACAGAUUGUACAGUACCCAAAGGAAAUGUUAAUUGUCAGACAGUACUUUGCAGAUGCCUAUGAGUUACAGAGAUUCUUAAGUCUCUGUCCCAUAUCCCAAAACUUAUACUACUGAAGUAGGCAUAUCCAAGUACUAGAAUAAUAUAAUGCUUUGUUUUGUGUGUGGUCGCAUGUAUGAUUUUCUUUGGAUUCCUUUCUUGCAUAUAAUGGAGCCUUGGAGCCUUUCUUUUGUAAAAAUAUCCUUUUUAGAUAUAUAUUAUUUUAUGUGUGACUUGAGGGUUCUUGCUUUUGUUGUAUUGUUGGUCUGGGGAUAAAAUGCGAUAUAUUUGGGUUUUUGGUAUGUAAAUGAACGUAAAAUAGUUGUGAUGGCUUAAAGCUAAAUGUAUGGCUUUUGAAUCCUUUUUAUUAAUUAUUUACUUUCAAGCUUGUUUAUGUUAUAUAUAUAUAUUGUGUGAUUUUCAACCGUAAGUUAUUGCACUUACAUUUUUAAUUGUUUGAAUUGCUUCGAGAACAUCUGAUUCGAGUGGAAUAGCACUAUAAAAUAUUUGUAUUCGAUCAACUGUCAAGUACUUUGAGAACAUAAUGGUAAAGUACAGAGGGCUGGUAAACUGUUUAUUAUCCAUGUGCUUUUUCUGAUUUGUUUCAAAUCUGAAAACAGGCUAAAACAAGUUGUACAUUUUGUUUGAACUUAGAACAAAGAGACACACUGUUCCUGGGACAUUUGACAUAAUGUUCUCAGAGCCGGAUGUAACAGCCAUCUUACAUUAAAGACAUACUGAAGACAUAAACUUCCUGUUGGCUAAAGACUGUGCUUUAAACUAGGCUUUCCUUUAAUGGGUUAAAAAAGACACAACGUUUAAAAGUUUAACCAUUACAGGUGCUGGGUAUUCUACUAUGGAUGUUUCAUUUCAUUUGACAUUUUCUGUGUGCUCAUUUUUGUUUGUUUCUCUAAAUCCAGAUGAAUAAAAUAAUAAAAAAAUAACUAAUCAAAUAUCCCUGUGCAAUAUAUUACUAAUUGUAUUGAGAAAUUGGAAACCAUGAAUGCAGCUUUCGAUUUAUAAAUACAGAAAAGCUGCACGAAACAAAGUGGAUGAAAAAAAAAACUUUAACUGCUGAUAUUGUACAAGUGGAUAAUGAAAUGCAUGUUAAUAACAGGUGACAAAUGCCCUCAUAAUGCAGAAAAGUAUAGCACAGAUAGGCCUAAAUGCUAGACUUUGAAGAUUAGCUCAGUGAUAAAUGCUCCCUCUCAUACACAUUUUUCUGAAGUAGACAAACUUUGCAUAAAACACUCUUCACAAGCUGCAGACAAUAUGGCUCUCUGUGUGUAAUUGGUCAUGCAGUGACAUUUCCAAUAUUUAACAUGUUGCUUAAAUUUCCUUACCA